AUGGCGCUGGACGGACAAGACUUGAGGUGGCUUGAGUCGUAUGACUACUGCCCGUGGGGAACUCACGUGUCCCGGUCGCUAGAGAGGAAGAACCUGGAGCCACAAGAGAUUUACAGCUUCGCGGUGAUAGUCGGAGGCAAAGAAGAGCUGCCGAACGAGAGCUUCACGAGUGUGUGCCUCGAUCUAUUUGACUUGAAAACUACGAAAUGGUUGACUAGCUACGAUGUUCACGAUGAGCUUGCUCACAGUAUUGGGCACACCGUGGUGACACUGGGCGAGAAUGCCUACGCUUAUGGUUACGAGCCGAUCGACAGCUUCGAGCCAUCGCACCAACAAUUGAUAGGAGAUGUGUUCGAGCUCGGCUACGAGAACAACGUCCUCUACUGCACCGAUGUUUCUCCCAUCAACGGCGAUGGCACCGAUCCCAAUGUCCCUCCAGACCCCGCUCCUUGCGGCCGAGCAUGGCAUGCGAGUGCCCCACCCACCGGUAACAGUCCGCUGCCUUUGGCGUUUCACAAUGCUGUAGCGAUUGGAGAAGGUGACAAGGUCGCAGUUUAG